AUGGCACACCGGGCGUUUGCUCGGCUGCAAACCUUGCAGAAUCAACUUGCGCCCUUCGAUGCAUCGGCCUUGGAAGGCUAUUUGGAGCCUCAGCUUUGGGUGAAGUGCCUCACAAUGGACCUGAAGCAAAAUGCCUACCUGGAACUGCGGCAGAAGUCACGAAUUUACUCCUUGGCAUGCGGCUACAUUGCCCGACAAAAGUCCGUUCAAUCUUUCAGAUACAGCCCAGAGCUGCUGUCUGGAGAUUUGGUGGACGGUGAGCAUGUUUCGGAAACGCCUUGCCCGACCACCAUCGGCCUUGGCUUCUUUGAAUUUGAGUGGCGAAACCAUCGUCUCAGCGCAUUGCACCAGACGUUGGGUGAGCCAGUGGGAGUGAGCAACGCAGCAGAGCUCUACACAAACUUGGUGCUCUUCACCAAGCGAGAAACAUCUCAGGUCUUGGCGCAAUUCUGUCAGGAGCUCGUGCAGGAAAGCGAGCGCACUCAGGCGGGUUUCGUGAACGUCUUUGAAUGGCACCCGACGCAGCAGUUCUGGCAAGCGCGCGUGGUCUGCCCUGCACGGCGGAUCGAGAGCGUGGUCUUGGAUGAAGGAGUCAAGGAGAGGCUGUUGGGUGACAUUGAGGAGUUCCUUGGAGAAGACACCCGACGGUGGUACAAGGAGCACGGCAUUCAGCACAAGAGGGGCUACCUUUUCUACGGAGUUCCUGGAUCUGGCAAGACGUCGCUCAUACAGGCAAUCGCUGGCCAUUUCAAGCACAACCUGUGCCAUUUGCAUUUGACGCAUCCAAAUCUGACGGAUGAAUCUCUGAGAGCUGCCGUGAACCAGGCACCACGCCAUUCGUUACUAGUGUUCGAAGACAUUGAUGCCAUUUUCGGGAAGGAUCGUGAGAAACUUCUCACUGACUCCGUCCUCACAUUUUCAGGCCUCCUGAACGCCUUGGACGGCGUCGGCAAAGCUGAAGGCCAAAUUUUCGUCCUCACGACCAACCACCGUGAUCGGCUGAAUCCCGCGUUGAUUCGCAAUGGCCGAGCCGAUUUGCACAUAGAAUUUUCCCAUGCCACUGAUCAUCAGAUUGCUGGAAUGUUCGCUCGCUUCUUCCCCAGCACCCAACAGACCUGCUGGCGCUUUGUCCAUUGCCUACGAGAGCUCCUCGAAGGUAGACCUGUUACGACAGCGGCUCUGCAGCAUUUCUUUAUACUGCACCGAAGGAUGUGGGGGAAGUGA